AUAGAACUAAGGACAAAAGGCAUUUCUGAGCACCAGAUCCUCCAUCUUCACCGAAGCCAUGAGCCGCCGCGUGGUUCGGCAGAGCAAGUUCCGCCAUGUGUUUGGGCAGGCAGCAAAGGCUGAUCAGACCUACGAGGACAUUCGUGUGUCCAAGGUCACAUGGGACAGCUCCUUCUGUGCUGUCAAUCCCAAAUUCCUAGCCAUUAUCGUGGAGGCUGGAGGUGGGGGCACCUUCAUCGUCCUGCCUCUGGCCAAGACAGGACGCGUGGAUAAGAACUACCCACUGGUCACUGGGCACACUGCACCUGUGCUGGAUAUUGACUGGUGCCCACACAAUGACAAUGUCAUCGCCAGUGCCUCAGACGAUACCACCGUCAUGGUGUGGCAGAUUCCAGACUAUACCCCUGUGCGAAACAUUACUGAACCUAUCAUCACACUUGAGGGCCACUCCAAGCGUGUGGGCAUCCUCUCCUGGCACCCCACUGCCAGGAACGUCCUGCUCAGUGCAGGUGGUGACAAUGUGAUCAUCAUCUGGAACGUGGGCACCGGAGAGGUGCUUCUGAGCCUGGAUGACAUGCACCCUGACGUCAUCCACAGCGUGUGCUGGAACAGCAAUGGGAGCCUGCUAGCCACCACCUGCAAGGACAAGACUCUGCGCAUCAUCGAUCCUAGAAAGGGCCAAGUGGUGGCGGAGCGAGCCCGGCCUCACGAGGGCGCCCGCCCGCUGCGGGCCGUCUUCACCGCAGACGGGAAGCUGCUCAGCACCGGCUUCAGCAGGAUGAGUGAGCGGCAAGUCGCGCUGUGGGACCCGAACAACUUCGAGGAACCAGUGGCCCUGCAGGAGAUGGACACAAGCAACGGAGUCCUACUGCCCUUCUAUGACCCGGACUCGAGCAUCAUCUACUUGUGUGGCAAGGGUGACAGCAGCAUUCGGUACUUUGAGAUUACGGACGAGCCACCCUUCGUGCACUAUCUCAACACAUUCAGCAGCAAAGAGCCGCAACGGGGCAUGGGUUUCAUGCCCAAACGGGGGCUGGACGUCAGCAAGUGUGAGAUCGCCCGGUUCUACAAGUUGCACGAAAGAAAAUGCGAACCCAUCAUCAUGACUGUGCCGCGCAAGUCAGACCUGUUCCAGGACGAUCUAUACCCAGACACGCCGGGACCCGAGGCUGCCCUGGAAGCAGAGGAGUGGCUAUCCGGUCAGGACGCGGAACCCGUACUCAUUUCGCUGAGGGACGGCUACGUGCCGCCUAAGCACCGCGAGCUCCGGGUCACCAAACGCAACAUCCUGGACGCACGCCCGCCCUCUGGCCCCCGCCGCAGCCAGUCAGCCAGCGACGCCCCCUUGUCGCAGCAGCACAGCCUGGAGACGCUACUGGAGGAGGUCAAGGCCCUUCGCGAGCGGGUGCAGGCGCAGGAGCAGCGCAUCACGGCUCUGGAGAACAUGCUGUGCGAGCUGGUGGAUGGCACCGACUAGCACCGUGCUGUGCGGCUGAGCGGCUGUGCUCAGCUCCGGCAGACGGGAAGGGCGGGACGCACCGGCCCACUCCAGCCUCUGGUCUGGGACUCCCGACCUCUCCUUCCUGGGCUGGGAUCCGAGGCUGGACUGGGAAGGAAACUAUAACCCUCGUGGGAGACCUGGAGAGGGAGCUCAGGGGAGACUCCUUUGUCUUUCGGGGGCCAGACUGCACUCUUGGUCGGGACUUGGCUGGAGCAGGCCUAACCCCCCACCCCACCCCGGGGCCUCAGCAAUGGUGCUGCUUGGUGAGAUGGUAGUCUCCUCUGUCCCUUGCCCCAGGCAGGGGAAAUGCUUAGUUAUUAGCAGAAUAUCUGGGGAUACUGGGGAGUUUGGGCUUGACCUCAAAGGGGUGGCUACUCUAUAGGUCUCCCCCAGACUACGUGGGGGAGAAUUUGGGCGUUUUUCCUUAUGGGCUCACCUGAUUCCACCCAUCUGAGUGGUAAACCCCAGUUGUGAGUUGACAGCACCCCAGUUCUCCAGAUACACACACAACCCACACAACCCCAACCCAGGGGUUUAUGGCAGAUGAUAGGGCAGUUUCCUCCAGUCUCUGCCAGAGAAAGCUCAGAACUGGAAUAAGAAAGUGGGUUUGCAACACACACACACACACACACACACACACUCCCCCUCCCCCAGCCCUCUGCUGUGGCCUUAACUCUGUGAGGAAAACAAGACAUAGUCACAGUUUCACUAAGAGUAAGGCUGUGCCUCCUGCAUGGCUGGGGCAGGCGAAAGGGAAACAUUGCCAGGCUCCUUGGAGAACUUAGCAAAAAUGCAAGCCUGGGCUCAGGACUCCCCAGCCUCUUACCCUGGCGCUGUCCUUACACUGAGAUUCAGCAGGACUCCCCACCCCACCCACCCUGGGCACUCCCCAGUAAAAUCAGGUAGGAAAAAGC